AUGCAAUACACAGCCUUCGGACUCUUGGCCCUCGUCAGCUUGGCGAUUGCUCAAGAUAGUGCCAUUCCAUCUUGCGCACAACCUUGUAUUGCUGCUGCCGUUACAAAAACCACCACUUGUGGAGCUUCUGAUACUACUUGCCAGUGCAAGGCUGACAACGUCUCAAAGAUUCAGAACGAUGCUACAAGCUGUGUUAUUGAGAAAUGCGGCCUCACAGUCGCUCUGACCGUUCAAUCUGCAGCUGCAGCAGCAUGUGCCGCCCUUCCUGCCUCUUCAUCCACUGCACCAACCUCCGUUAGUUCUGUCGCAUCAUCAUCAGUCGUUGUAUCCAGUAGCUCCGCAGUAGCUCCAUCGUCUAGCACUGCUGCUUCUUCAUCUGCCGCCGUUUCGUCUGCAGUCUCUUCCCCCGUCGCCACUCCCGUCUCUUCCCAAGUCCCAACCCCAAUAUCAUCGUCGGCAGUCAUCACACCAGUCACCUCGGGUGUAUCUUCACCAACUGGUAGCAACGCUACCACACCGACCACACCAACCACAUCUGUCGUUCCGUAUACUGGUGCGGGAGCUCAAAUUAAAGCUGGUCUAGGAAGUGUUCUUGUUCUUGGUGUUGGGGCUAUCUUUGCCUUCUAA